GCCAGAGCCGCCCCGGGGCGGUGCCCGCCUCUCCCGAGCCUGCGCGGCGGUGGCGGCGGCCAUGGAGGUGCAGGUGGCCCCGCUGCGGGCCUGGGACGAUUUCUUCCCCGGCUCGGACCGCUUCGCCCUGCCCGACCUCAAGGACAUCUCGAAAUGGAACAACCGCGUGGUCAGCAACCUGCUCUACUACCAGACCAACUACCUGAUGGUGGCCGCCGCGCUCAUCUCCAUCGUGGGAUUUCUGAGUCCCCUGAACAUGGUCAUUGGUGGUACCGUGGUGGUGCUGGUGUUCCUGGGGUUUGUGUGGAUGUCGCACAACAAGGAUAUUCUGCGCAAGCUGAAGAAGCAGUAUCCAACCACGUUUGUGGUGGCCAUCAUGCUGUCUAGCUACUUCUUGAUCUCCUACCUGGGAGAUGUCAUGGUGUUCAUGUUUGGGAUCACACUUCCUCUCCUCUUGAUGUUUGUCCAUGCUUCUCUGAGGCUCCGGAACAUACAGAACAAGCUGCAGAACAAGAUGGAGGGAAUAGGCUUGAAGAAGACCCCAAUGGGCAUCAUCCUGGAUGCUCUAGAACAGCAGGAGGAUAGCAUCAACAAAAUCGCUGACUACAUAUCUAAAGUGAAGGAGUAAGCAGCUGCAACAUGGCAUUUUCACCUGUUGCAGGAGUGUAGUUGCUAUUUACUAUUGUUCAAGCUUGCUUUCAGUUUGUGUACAAAACAGGAAAUGCAUGUGGUACAGGUUAAUAGUUGCAGGAUACAGGUAUUCCAAGGUCUUCAGGGCUCCUCUAAGAACAUAAGAGCAGCAACUUUUUUCUAUUGUAUAGCAAAAUGUUCUGGUGUUUACACAAAUACAUACUAACUUAGUCAUGUUUGCUUGUCUCUUCUUCUGGGGGUAGAGGAGGAAGAGAUGGAAACUUAUGGAAUGCAGUCUCUCAAACUGUCUUGUAACAAAUUUGUCUAUUAAAGUAACAUCCCCUUCAUCUCAGUUCUAAAAGAUUGCAGUUUAGCCAGGUUAUGCCAGGUAGCACCUUCAGCCUGGUGAUGAUCAAGGUGAGCUGGAAUGUAUCAAAAUUAGGUAUCUCUUGCAUCCUCCAAAUCCCUCCCAGCUUAACUGGCAAGGGGUAAAACUGUGCAGUACUUGUAACGAGUCUGGGUUCUGUCCUCACCUCACACUCCUCCUUCAGCAGCCAUGAAAGAGUCUAAAUAGAUGUAAGCAUGAAGGGUACACGUGGCACUGUGCCUGCCAGCUCCAGUAAAAUGUACCUUUGCUCUCUCCAAAAUCCUGAUCUGUAGAAACUGCUCCUUUCUGCAGGGGAGUCCAACUUCCCUGUGUGCCAGCUAAACUGUGGCCAAGCACAGGAGAAGAAGAAAUGUGCAGAUAAGUUGGAUAAGCUGGGUUUCUACCCCAUUGAUGUUUUUAAAUACUGCUACUUAAGGACUUACCUUGUUCUGCUUUAGUCUGUAUAGGCUGUUUGUAGAUGGAGGUGUAUGUGUGUUUUCGAGCGUGGGUCAUCUUUUUCUUUCCUCUUAACCAGAAUGCAAAGAUAUAAGUCAAACAUGCAUCCUUUGACUCUGUAACUUCUGGUACUCAUCAAAGGAAUAAACUGGGUUUCAGGUUUACAAGUAAAAGCAAUAAAUGUCAAGAUACAGUUUUUGAAAACCCAUUCCAAAUUCAUGAAGAUAUUUGCCUGUUAGAACUCUUGAAGCUGAGAACAGUGUGGGGGAUUCUUUUACAUAUAUAGAUUUUAGCUGCCAGCUCUGAUGGAAUCAUCUUGAUAACAGGAGCUUGCCAACAAUGUGGGGGGAAGUUGUCCAGGUGACACUCCAUUUCAAAUAAUCUUGCAUUUCUCUUUUCUAACCAAGUAAUUAAUUUAAUAAAAAAGGAAGGAUCCUUGAAGUUGAAGCUUUUAUGUAACUUGCCAUGCUGUUUUCAUAGUGAACUGCGUAGAAAUCUGAACAUGUCAUUCCAUUUAAGUGUUAAAGUGAUCAGUAUUUAUCAAAAAUGUCUGUAUAUUCCAGCAGAAGAGUCAAUGGCCUGUUCCUCACUUGUAGCGCAUGGUCUUUGUUUUUUGAAAGCUGUUUCCACACUUAAAGAACAUAGUAGCCUAUGACUUCAUCAUUACUGUAGAAUUUUAAAAACUGCACAGUUACGAUGAAAAAUAAAUUCUAAGGAUUUGAAACUGAA